AUGGCGGGAGGGCACUGCGGCAGCUUCCCCGCGGCGGCGGCCGGCAGCGGCGAGAUCGUCCAGCUGAACGUGGGGGGGACCAGGUUCAGUACCUCAAGACAAACUCUUAUGUGGAUUCCAGAUUCUUUUUUUUCCAGUUUGCUGAGUGGAAGAAUUUCAACACUUCGGGAUGAAACUGGUGCUAUAUUUAUUGAUAGAGACCCAGCAGCAUUUGCACCCAUUUUAAAUUUUCUUCGGACAAAAGAGCUAGACUUAAGGGGAGUGAGUAUUAACGUUCUGAGGCAUGAAGCGGAGUUUUACGGAAUUACUCCACUGGUGAGAAGGCUCCUCCUGUGCGAAGAGCUGGAGCGCUCGUCCUGCGGCAGCGUCCUGUUUCACGGCUACUUGCCUCCGCCGGGUAUUCCUAGUCGUAAAAUAAACACAGCUAGAUCCUCUGCUGAUUCUAGAAACGGCCUGAAUUCUGCAGAAGGUGAAGCCCGGGGAAAUGGUGCCCAGCCUGCUCUCUCUGGAGCUGGAGAAGAGACUGUUAGGCUUGCAGGCUCUCCUGUGGGUCCGCGGAAGGUGCUGAUAGUAGCUGGCCAUCACAACUGGAUCGCAGCUGCGUAUGCCCAUUUUGCUGUGUGCUACAGAAUCAAAGAAUCUUCAGGAUGGCAACAAGUGUUUACAAGCCCGUAUUUGGACUGGACUAUUGAACGAGUGGCUUUAAAUGCAAAAGUGGUUGGAGGUCCCCAUGGAGACAAAGAUAAAAUGGUUGCUGUUGCCUCAGAGAGCAGCAUCAUCCUGUGGAGUGUUCAAGAUGGAGGAAGCGGAAGUGAAAUAGGGGUGUUCAGCCUUGGCGUUCCCGUGGAUGCCCUCUUCUUCAUUGGUAACCAGCUGGUGGCCACGAGCCACACAGGGAAGGUCGGGGUGUGGAACGCGGUCACUCAGCACUGGCAGGUCCAAGAUGUCGUUCCUAUAACUAGUUACGACACUGCGGGGUCUUUCCUUCUCCUGGGAUGUAGCAAUGGAUCGAUAUAUUACAUAGACAUGCAGAAGUUCCCUUUGCGGAUGAAGGAUAAUGACCUUCUCGUAACUGAGCUCUAUCACGACCCCUCCAACGACGCCAUCACGGCACUGAGCGUUUACCUCACCCCCAAAACAAGUGUCAGCGGUAACUGGAUUGAGAUUGCCUACGGGACAAGCUCUGGAGCAGUACGAGUGAUUGUGCAGCACCCGGAGACAGUGGGGUCAGGCCCUCAGCUUUUCCAGACGUUCACAGUUCACCGGAGUCCUGUCACCAAAAUCAUGCUGUCAGAGAAGCACCUCGUGUCAGUUUGUGCGGAUAAUAACCACGUUCGUACUUGGACAGUGACACGGUUCAGAGGGAUGAUCUCUACUCAGCCAGGUUCUACUCCUUUAGCUUCGUUCAAGAUACUGUCUCUGGAGGAGUCGGAAAGCCACGGGAGCUACUCCUCUGGAAACGACAUAGGGCCUUUUGGAGAGCGAGAUGACCAACAGGUGUUUAUCCAGAAAGUUGUUCCCAUCACUAACAAACUGUUUGUGCGACUCUCGUCUACCGGGAAAAGAAUAUGUGAGAUCCAGGCUGUGGAUUGUACUACCAUCUCCUCGUUCACGGUGCGGGAGUGUGAAGGCUCCAGCAGGAUGGGCUCCAGGCCGAGGCGCUAUCUGUUCACAGGCCACACAAACGGCAGCAUUCAGAUGUGGGAUCUGACCACUGCUAUGGAUAUGGUUAACAGAAGUGAAGAUAAGGAUGUAGGUGGUCCAACUGAAGAAGAGCUGCUCAAAUUGCUGGAUCAGUGUGACCUGAGUACUUCUCGCUGUGCCACUCCCAACAUCAGCCCGGCCACGUCUGUGGUUCAGCACAGCCGUCUGCGUGAGUCCAAUUCCAGCCUUCAGCUUCAGCACCACGAAGCCAUCCACGAAGCAGCUACAUAUGGUUCCGUGAGGCCUUACAGGGAGAGUCCUCUGUUGGCAAGGGCAAGGAGGACGGAGAGCUUUCACAGUUACCGAGAAUUCCAGACUAUUAAUGUGAACAGAAAUGUAGAAAGAGCUGUCCCUGAAAAUGGUAGCUUGGGUCCAAUCCAAGCUGAAAUGAAGCGGGCAACAGGGGAAUGUAAUGCAUCUGAGAGAAAGUCUCCUGGAGCAGAAAUAAAAACUUUGAAAGAAGCAGAUAGUGGAUUGGAAGCUCAUAAAACAGCUGAAGGCUUUUCUGAAUCCAAGAAAAGAUCAUCGGAAGAUGAAAAUGAAAAUAGAGUCGAGCUAAGGAAGAAAGGAGGAUUUGAAGGGGGAGGGUUCCUAGGGAGGAAGAAGGUUCCCUACCUGUCCUCACCAAGUACCUCUGAUGGAGGGACCGACUCGCCUGGUACUGCGUCCCCAUCUCCUACGAAGACCACACCAUCUCCUCGACACAAAAAGAGUGAUUCUUCAGGUCAAGAGUAUAGCUUGUGAAGACUCAACAAAAUGAAUAGUUGUUCUGUGAAAUUUAGAUGAAAGUUAACCUUUCCUGGAUCUCAGAUAACUUAGUUUUUACAUCAAAACCUUACAGGUUAAAAUUGGACUUCAUUUAUAACAGAAUUACCAGAAGUAAAGGAGCUAAUAUAACCUUACUACUAAAUGUUUUUGGAAAUCUUUUUUUUUUUUUUUUAGUUUUACAGCACCUUUAACAGAAUCAUUUGUAAAGCGAGAGUCUGUUUCCACAUUUAGCUGCUGUCUGUUGGUUGUGGAAACGAAGUACCUCAUCGUAAGAGGAUGGUGCCCAUAUGUAUAUGUGAGUGUCCUUUUAGGGCACGGGAAUCACCAGACUGGGCUCCUGGUCGUGAUUAGGCCUGGGGCUUGUAUUGCAAUGUUGUCCUGAGUGAAUCACAUAAUUCUCUUCAGAACUUGAUCUCCCAGCCCUUGUUGUGUUUGCAAAGUGUUUACCAGAUAUUUGAAUGAGGUGCUAUGUUUGUGAAAAAAAUCACAUAAUUGAAAACACUAUUGAUGUUGCAUACCAGAUUCCACUGUGUAGGGAGCACUUGAGGAUAUAUGUAUGUUUUACUGUGGGUCAUUUUCUGGUUCUCAUUGUUGGAGUUCUUAAGUCUUAGCAAGCAUCACCAAUAUUAAAUGCCAAAAGUCCAUUUGAACUUUCUUUUAAGUUGGAGCAAUUGUCUGUGUUUGAACUGAUGAAAUAAAAGUAAUAAAUGAGGGCAAAGCUUUUAGUGCCCAGAGUGGAAAGCUGUAUCAGUGGCCAGUCUGUCUGGCAUCUUUUUCUUUUUCCAUGUCAAUAACCAAAAUAAUUAAACUUAGAAUGUGGUCACUUUGUUAAGCUUUUGAGACUACAGUUCUGAAUUUUUGGUUAAUGGUUUUGGCUGCUGUAAAAAUAUUGAAUAUAUUUUGAACUGUAAGGGCAAAAGAUUUGUACUUUUUUCCCUCAUUUAAUUGGAAUGAUUGUCAAGUUUCUGCAAAUAGGGUAAUUAUAAAUUUAAAUCAUUAACCGUUCAUUGGUGAAUAAUGUGUAUAUUCCCAUUCUAAGAAAUAAGUGAGUAAAGUUGAAAUAAAUUGUUUAAAGUUUGCUGUAUUG